UGUCUGAGUGUCAGGCCUACAUGGUAGGUAACUUUAUAUCAUCCUAUCUUUUAUUCUAGUCUCUGUUCUUUUUGUUCCAUCCGAGCCAACUCCCGGUUCUUCCCCGCCCGCGCUACUACAGAUCUAGGUACUUAUAUAUCUGACAACCGAGCUGUUCCACGCGGACGUAAUCGUACUACCUUUGCUCUUACCUAGAUAUCUACCUAACCUCUACGUCAGUCUCUCUAUCGUCACACUUUCUCUAUAGCUUCAUCUACCGACAAUGCCUCACAAGGAAGAAGAAUUCUCCGAAUUUACUCCAGACCUCUAUCCGCCGUUUCCGGAGGACGUGCCCACGGUUGAGCUACAAACCAUCACCUUAUCGAAGCUACUGGAAGGCGAUUCGGCAGAGCAGAACCGCGUCUAUGAGGCCUGCGUUGGCCGCGGAUUCUUCUAUCUUGCGCUCAAUGGUUGUGCAAAAGGCGAGACUAUUUUGCGAGGGGCGGAUCAGAUUGCUUUAACCGGGGAACGCGUCUUCAAGUUACCGCUAGAGGAGAAGAUGCAAUAUAAGAUGGUCAAGACGCUGUUUGGGUAUAAGUUUGCUGGAUCGACCGUAACCGACAAGUCGGGAACCCCUGAUACGGCCGAGUUCUUCAAUGUGGGCAAAAACGACAUGAUAGUACCUGAUGACCGCAUGACACGACCAUGGCCUUCAGCCAUCUUAGACGCGAAGCCACUUUUCGAUGCCUAUAUCAAUAGUGCGCACUCUGUUGGGAUGACAAUUCUGGCUAUCAUCGCCGAUAAAUUGGGGGUCGAUGUAUCCGAAUUCACGAAACGUCACAGAAUCGAAGAGCCCUCUGGUGAUCAUGUUCGAAUUACUAGGGGCCCACCACGCGAGACAGAAGAGAUGCCUGAAAUCCAAACCCCAUCGCACACUGAUUUUGGGACGAUCACUAUCCUCAUGAACUGGCUUGGCGGGCUCCAGGUCUGGUCUGAAUCCUCGCGAAAGGCUGAGUUGGGCGCGCUUGAGCCUGAUGUGCCAGGCCAAUGGCUCUGGGUUAAGCCAAAGAAUGGUUGUGCUAUUAUUAAUCUAGGCGAUGCGGCCGUUAGGUUUACCAACGGCGUGGUCUGUUCCGGCCGUCACCGUGUGAUACCAUCUCCGGGUGCACAAGGCCGAUGGCCACGGUACAGUAUCGUCUAUUUCGUCCGUCCCGAGGACCAAUGUCUUAUGAAGAGCCUUGAAGGCAAGGGAAUUCCUGAAGGUCGAGACGAUGAUGAAAGCCUUACGGCUACGGAAUGGAUAUAUAGGAAGUCUGUGGCGCUGGGAAACCGGUUUGAUAACUGAGGAAUAUGAUAAAUAAGAGCGAAUCAGAAUUUUUGUCUUAAUUCUUCGUCGUAUAGCCUCGAUUAUAUGUUGUUAUAUAUAGAUAUAUGUGUAGCAUGAGUAACGGUCGCGAAUGUUUGAGAUGUGGUUGACAGAGGUGAAUUGGAGUUGAAGAAUCGAGUGGAGUUUGUGAGAGCCAUUUCACGUAGCUGUAAAAUGUUGCUUAUCACAUCAUUCUAACUUUUGAUCUAUUUCCAUUUUUGAGGUCGUAAUAAAUUUACCUUCAGGCUAGGUACGACUUAUAAAGGUGAUUUCUG